AUGGCAGACUCAACGCCCUCCAACGCACCAGUCUCGGUGCUCAGCCAUGUUGACCAAGUAUGGGCCACAAAGAUCACAACCUCCCAGCCAUACAACAUCCUCAUCCCAACGAUCAAGCCCGUCUCCGCCACCUCAGACGGCCGCGUCAUUGGCCACCUGGUCCUCGAGGACAAGCACGUCAACUCGCUCGGUGGCAUCCACGGCACCACCUCUGCCGCAAUAGUCGACUUCACCGCCGGCAUGUCCAUCAUCGCAAAAAGUGGCGGCCAGAAGACGGGUGUGUCGACCGACAUCCACAUCUCCUAUGUCGCCAGUGCCAAGGUCGGCGAUACGGUCGAGGUCGAGUGCUGGCUCAACAAGCUCGGCAGGAACCUGGCCUACACGAGCAUGGAGAUCAGGAAGGUCGUCAAGGCAGGGGAGGAGAAGAAGGUCUUGGUCACCGGCAGCCAUACCAAGUACGUCGCCUGA